CAACACAUGAACGCACUCUCUUGAUCUCUUGUUUACAGAGUUCACAGACUGAUUGUCGAUUUCCCUGAGGCAUUUUUAUCUCACUAUGGCUUUUUUCUGCCCCAUGAGAAUUCCAAGAAGACGAAGGAAACGUAAGUAGGCAAUUCUAGCAGUAGGUCGAGUUUGAAAAUCGUUUAUGAGUUUUCUGUUUACACGUUGGUCCUUGCACCUUUGUCAAUAUCUUUGACAGGAUAUCGAGAUGAAGAACAAAAAGACACCACUCGAAAUGGAAAUGUUAAGGGAAGGAUCACAGGUAGCAAUAGUGUGGACUCUAUUGUGGAUCUUGGAAAAGAAGAAGAGGAUAACGAGAUCGAAUUUGAACCACGGAAGAUGGUUGUGCUUCAUGAUUUUAUACCCUGCGUCGAAGAUGAGGUCGCGGUAAAGCGCGGUCAACAUGUCAAAGCUCUUUACCAAGAAACAGACUGGAUCUAUGUCAUAAUAAAUGAUGGAAAGGAAGGUUUUAUACCAUUUACGUACUGCGUCCCAGAGGAGGAAUACGAAAAGCGGAAAGAGAAGCAGAAAGGGCUCCAAAGGAAUAACUUUCGAAACGCUUCGUUUCUCGAUUCGUUGCAUGUGCAAACAGACAAUACACCGUCGUAUAAUUUUAAGAAAGAUGAUUUUGGUGAUUACAUCGUCAGAUUUGAGUUUAUUGCCUGCGAUGAGAACGAUAUUUAUGCCAAGAAAGGAGAUAGAGUUCGCGUUUUAAACAAAGAUGACAAGGAUUGGUAUUGGGUCUCAAAGAAGGAUGGUGUUGAAGGAUUUAUUCCCAAAGAUUUUCUUGUUCCGUUGGACGGACUUGAAAAUGGCGGUGAGUGCCUUACUUUUGUUUUCAUAAUCGUGUCAAUGAUUUUCGAGUACCUUUGUACAAUUGUAAGGGUCGAUCAUUGUGUGAAUUUGUGCCGACUGAAGACUGUUCGAAGCGACUUAUCAGAGGGCGCUCUCGCGGUGGGAGACGUAAUUUCGAACCCACUUGAUUAGAUACCAGCGUUUCCAAUAACAUCGCUAAAUGUGUAUCAUGAUCACUAAAUCGCAUUUUGUUAAGUUCGCAUAAACAAAUGUUAGGUCUCAGUUAACUAAGAAAACACUUCUUUCGGAGAUCAAACCUUAAUGAUUAGUUAACUUAAUUUAUUUACCAUGUUUCUGAGAGAAUUUUGUCUCAAACAGUGUUGGUUAAUUUUAUGCUAUUGAGCUUUCAUUUUCCAUCAGUGGAAGCGAAAAUUCUUGUCAUGGUCAAUUACUGAACUUUUAAUUGAUAAUGUGUUAUCACUCUCGGUUCAAAGCCGUCAAUAAGGGUAAUUUAUCUGUACAAUACUAUUCUUGACAAAAUGAGGCACUUGCUUGAAUUUCUCUGAAGAUUGGUGUUAACACUUCAUUGAUUUAGAAUAUUAUUUCCAACAAAAUUUUAGUAAUUCACUUUCGUCUUUUUUUUUAUCCUCCUUGCUUUGAGAUUCUUAGCCUCUAUCCUACCUUAUUAUUCAAACCAUGUUAACUCAUUUUAUGCUGAUGUAAAGUAAAUUGGUGUUUUAAGGACAGGAGUUAACCAUUACUUAGCACAACAUGUUCAUAAAUGUAAUUCAUCAGGCUAGAAGUCAAUUGGCCAAAUUCUUAUUCUGCUCAAAAAGUCAAACAAAGAAGUAGUUAAUAUCCAGCCAUUAGAACAUAACAAGCUUGUCACAUUUUUUGAUGAAAUAUGUUUCCUGUGGAUGAAAUUCAAGCAAAGAAAUGAUUCUUGCACUGUCAAACUAAAGCAAGAAUAUUCACAGGCUUCUUUUCUGCAAUUUUGGAUAAAUUGCAGUACAUUGGCAGGGAUCAUGAGCCAAUGAGCCAGCUUUAUUUAAAGAUCUUUAUUACACAAAAUGUCUGUUUGAAAACUCCUAGUGUCUUAUCGAGCUAGUUGUCUUUCAGCUCAUCAUUUUUUAUGAGAGAUGGUUUGAUUUUAGUCUCUUACUGGGGUAUUGAUCCCUCGGAAUAAUUGCCUUCUACUUUCUCUAGCUGGGAACUAUUUUACAAAAGAAAAAUGAACAGUAAUAUUGUGAUUAGUUUACUCACCCAUCUGCGUCAAUAGAUUUUAACCCAUGCAUAGCAGGCAUAAGCCUUACUAUACUAACAAAGAAUGACCAAGAGAGGUCAAGAUCUAGGUAAUUGAGCCUAGAUCAACUGACUGAGUUGUUGUAAAAUGAGAGUUCUGGGACAAGACAGGUACUAAGGAUAAAAAGUGUUCUUAGACAAGUAAGGACAAGUAAGAGCAAGUAAGAACAAGUAAGCUGACUUCUUUGUUGAUAGAGGUUGCUGUAAGGAGUGCAAGACAAGGAGUUAUUGUAUUGAAAACCUGCAUGACAUUGCUUUUCUUUUCAUUAAAAUGUCUGACAAGUGCUUCUAUUUUUCUAGAUUUAAGUCCAUCAACUGUUCAAAAUCAUUUGAAUGGUGGCAGAAGAAUAUCUGAGACCCGAGUUUCGCCAUUGUCAACACAAGUUGGAAGCCCUUACAGAAUAACAACACCAGAUUCCAACAGGUCAACAAAAAGUACAAACUCAUCCUCAGAACCUUUGUUAAUCACUCCUUCCUCUAGCCUAAAUGGCUACAGCCUUGUCACUCCAAACAAUAAGACAGAAGCAUACCACCAACGUCGUAGCACUAAUGAGCUUUUGCUUUAUGGACAAGAACUUGUCUGUACUGAUACCUACAUAGCUAGAAGGAUGGAUGAACUUACUGUAAACAAAGGUGAUUGGAUUUAUGCUGACAUGAAAAUCAAAGAUGCAAGGGGCUGGAUUUGGGCAUACUCACCUUCAAACAAGACACAGGGCUAUGUCCCCAAGUCGUGUGUAAGACCACCAGCAACCACACCUCUUUGAUUAAAAUUCAGGUAGUAUCGUUUUUGUGCAUCUUUAGGAUAAAAUAACUGGGACUAUUUUAGAGUCAAAAAGUACAGACUACUAUUAUUGUGAAAUUGUCAGGAUGUGCAGCAAACACGCUGUGUCAAUACAUUUUAAAUGUUCUUGAAGAAAGUACAUAUUGAUUUUUCAAUGAAUCUGAUUUGAAUGUUUUAUAUAUAUAUGAUAUAUUAAGCAUAAUAUGUAAAGGGAGAAUGAAUAUUUUUUUAAUUUAAGGAAUUCACUCAGAAGAGAUCUGUACUUGAAAUAUUCUGGAUGUUAGUCUAAAGUCAAUUUGAGCCCUUUCAUCCGUGUGACAAAUCCUCCAUGAAGUUUAACUCAUGAGACAACUGUUAUUCGAAGUGAAACAUCACCAUCAAAAUGAUGUCAUAGAGUGUUUGACGCAAUGUAGUUUAUGUGAGUAGAAUUUGGAUAGUGCACUCUAGGAGACUGGUAGACUUGCUGGAAACUAGUGUUAAGGAUUUGUCACCAUGGAUUUAUUAACCUUAAGACAUGGUACCAAACAAUUGAAAUGUUAAAAAGACAAAGGUUAAGAAGCCACCCCCAUUGUGAUUAUUUUUUGGAACUCCUCUGUUCAGGGUUUUAUCUUCCACCCAGCUCCUCUUCUUGUAGUUCUUAAAGAAUUUCUAAUGAGUCACAAGUGAUAAAGAGUCAAAGUAAUCCUUGCCUUGGAAAAAGAUGUUUACAAGUAAGUUUUUAUAAAAAAAUAUUUUUGAAGAUUCCAGAGACAUCUAUAGUCAAAUGUGUACUAACCCUCAGCACUGUUAGCCAGUGAUUAAA